AGCCAGUCCAGUUGAGUUUCAGCCCAUACAUAAUAACUACUACUAUAAAAAAAUCUGACAAAUGGAGAGUUUGAUCUUUUCCUUUGCUCUUUCAAUCUUGUUAUUAACUAGCUUUACACUCUCUUUUGAUUCCGCCACUGACCAAAAUGCUCUUCUUUCCUUCAAAAACUCCAUCAUUUCCCACCCUUAUGCCUUCAAUUGGUCGGAAAAUACACCCGUUUGUAAUUGGACUGGUGUGUCGUGCGGCCUCAAGCACCACCGCGUCACUGCUCUCAAUCUCUCCGGCUACGGCCUUGCUGGAACUGUCGCUCCACAUCUUGGAAACCUAACAUUCCUGAGAUAUUUGGACAUAAGUUCUAACCGUUUCACGGGGAGCUUACCCGUAGAGCUCUCUAAACUGCGUCGUUUGAAGGUGAUGAACGUGGGAAUGAAUUCAUUCACCGGCGAAAUACCAACAUGGUUGGGAAGUUUACCUCAACUAGAAGAACUCUAUCUGUAUAGUAAUAAGUUGAGUGGUUCCGUACCACAUGAUAUUUUCAAUGUCUCUUCAAUAAGAAAAAUUAGAAUUGGAAAUAAUAGUCUAACAGGUUUGCUUCCAAGCGAUAUGUGCAACAAUAUGCCCAACAUCCAAAUAUUGUCGCUUGCUCUGAAUCAGAUUGGAGGGCGAAUUCCGUCAAGUAUAUGGAAAUGCACACAUCUUGAGAUGUUGUUAUUAUCCGACAACAAUUUCAGUGGCAACAUUCCCCGUGAAAUUGGAAGAUUGAGCUUUCUUACAAGGUUGUCGUUGGGAUACAAUAAUGGUUUUGGAGGAGGAGUUCCACAAGAAAUUGGGAAUCUCACAAGACUAGAGAUAUUAACCAUUGAGGAUGCUUCUCUAAACGGAGAUUUUCCAUCUUCAUUCUUCAACAUUUCUUCAUUGAGAGUCCUGAGUUUAUCUGACAAUAGUCUCUCAGGUGAAUUACCACAAGAGAUUGGCACUCUGCCAAGACUCGAGCUUUUCUCUGUGUAUAACAAUUCUUUACAUGGAUCCAUCCCAUCUCCAAUAUUCAACAUAUCAACAUUGAUAAGAUUAGAAGUUUCAUUCAAUGAGUUUUCUGGUACUCUUCCUUCAGACAUAGGAGGUUCACUUAUUAACCUUGCAGUCCUUUUUGUGAGUUACAACAAACUCAGUGGUGCAAUUCCAACCUCCAUUGCCAAUAUUUCCAAACUUGCAUACUUGGACAUGUCUGCCAACUUAUUUAGUGGCUCCAUACCACUCUUUGGGAAAUUGAACCAUCUAGAAUGUCUACUCCUUUCGGGAAAUAAUUUGAGUGGAGCAAAAUUCCCAACCCAAGAACUGACAUUUCUCUCUUCAUUAACGAAUUGUCGAUAUUUGGAUCGGUUGGGAGUGUCGGGUAAUCCUCUUAGUGGCAUCCUACCCUCUUCACUUGGGAAUUUUUCUUCUUCUCUUUUGACUUUUGAAGCAUCACAAUGCAACAUCAAGGGUGUCAUUCCUGCUCAAAUAGGAAACUUAACUACUUUGCUAUACAUUUAUUUGGAUGGAAAUCAGCUUAUUGGGACAAUUCCACCUACAAUUGGGAGAUUGAAGAAACUCCAAAUCAUAAAUCUUAGUGGCAAUCAAUUGGUAGGAUCUAUUCCUAACAAUGUUUGCAAUAUGAACAAUUUGGGGAUGUUGAGGCUCUCUGGUAACAUGCUUGUGGGUGCAAUACCUGACUGUUUGGGUGAUGUUAAAUACUUGAGAGAGAUCUACUUAGAUUCCAACCAGUUGAAUUCAGUCAUCCCUCCCAAGUUUUGGUCUCUUCAAGAUCUCGUUUUUUUGAAUUUGUCCUCCAAUUCCUUGAAUGGUCAAUUAACAUAUCAGCUUGGCAAGUUAAAGUUAAUGAAGUCCUUGGAUUUGUCUUUGAAUCAAUUGUCUGGCCUUAUUCCCAGCUCAAUUGAUGGUUGUGAAUCUUUAGAAUUUCUUGACUUGUCAAAUAAUAUGUUUAGUGGAUCCAUUCCUCAUUCAUUGGGAGAGGUUAAGGGUUUGAUAAGAUUGGAUUUAUCUUACAAUAAUCUUUCCGGACCAAUACCCAAGUCCUUGGAAGAGCUUCUUUAUCUUGAAAUUUUUAAUGUUUCCUACAAUAAACUAGAGGGGGAAAUUCCAGAUGGGGGUCGUUUUCGUAACUUUAGUGCCUCUUCUUUUUCCCACAACUUAGCUCUUUGUGGUCCAAUAACAUUUCAAGUUCCUCCCUGCUCAGGAAAAAACCAUAGAUCAUGGUUAAAGAAACUUGUUGUGUCAUCAGUGAUAUUAGUUGUUAUCAUUGUGUUUGUUAUGCUUGUUCUCAUAUGCAUGCGCAAACAGAAAAAAGUAGCACUCCCUGCUGACAUUUCACCAGAAAAUACUGAAUGUAGAAGAAUUUCUUACAGGGAACUUGAACAAGGAACAAGUUCAUUUAGUGCAACCAACUUGCUUGGAGGAGGUGGUUUUGGUUCUGUAUUCGAAGCGACACUUUUUAAUGGGUUAAAAGUAGCGGUAAAAGUGUUCCACAUGGAACUGCAAGGAGCGGCAAGGAGCUUUGAUACUGAAACUACUAUAUUGAGUAGCAUUCGACACAGAAACUUAGUUCGAGUUAUUGGUUGUUGUUGUAAUAUGGAGUUUAAAGCAUUGAUUCUCGAAUACAUGCCAAAUGGGAGCUUGGAUAAGUGGUUACAUUUCGGCUUUCAUGGAUUGGAUUUUAUACAGAGAUUGAAAAUUGCAAUAGAUGUUGCGGCCGCCUUGGAAUAUCUUCACCAUGGUCUUACAUUCCCAGUUGUUCAUUGUGAUAUAAAGCCAAGUAAUGUGUUGCUUGAUCAAGACAUGGUUGCUCAUCUUGCUGAUUUUGGUAUUUCCAAGCUUUUUGAUGGAGGGGAAACAACUAUCCAAACACAAACCAUGGCAACUAUUGGCUACGCAGCACCAGAGUUUGGAAUGGGUGGCAAAGUAUCAAUAAAAGGGGAUGUAUACAGUUUUGGGGUACUGCUGCUAGAGAUGUUCACUGGAAAGAAGCCAACGGAUGAUAUGUUCGGUGAAGAAAGGAGUUUAAAAGAUUGGGUAAGUGAAGCAUUAGAGCAAAAUGCAGCAACUGAAACGGUUGCUUAUGCUGUGUUAUCAACGGAAGAUCAAAAAUACUCUGCAAAGGAGGAAUAUUUGUUGUCAAUAUUUCAAUUGGCAAUGAAAUGUUUAACCAUUUCAGCAGAUGAAAGAAUCAGCAUGAUUGAAGCAGCGGCUGGUCUACACAAUAUCUAUACAACAAUUGUAGCAGGUAAUAAUGGGGUUUGAUUCUUGUAUGUAGUGUAGCUUACCUUUCUGAAAUUUCAAUAUGGUAAAGCUUAAUAGGUUGAUGUAUUGAUAGAUACAAUUGAUCAGCAUGAUGAAAAUAAAUCCCCCAGUCAAAAUGAUGGACAUA